AAACCCGUUUAUUUGAAGGGUCGGGUGGGUCUAGUCUCGUGGGCAGAUCUAGUAUUUGGGAAAGUUUCAAGCUUUCAGCAAGAGCCUGAGAGGUGAGAAGUCCCCCAAGGUGAGGACUCGGAAAAGGCCGAAAAGAGAAGGUUAAAGCUUGGAUCUUUAGCGUAGACAAGGUUUGAGUUUUUGAUCUGUUUUCCUAGGAAAUUAACAAAAGAGAGUAAAUUCAUCCAUACGCAUCAGAGGUCUGAUUAUGAUAUGAGAAUGGAAGAGAUUGUAGAGGAAACCAGUGGAAAACAUAAAAAGAUGGUGGAAAUUACUCUCAAAACCAUUGGCCCUGCUCGCCCUUCUCGCCUUCAUGUCCCUUCUUCCAUUAAAGUUCUUGAUUUGAGAAAAUUGAUAGCUGGAAAGAAUCGUCUACCAGUAGAGAAUAUGAAGCUUAUCUUGCAAGGGAAGGUGUUGCAUGAACAUGAAGAUGAAGAUGACAUUUACAUUCAACUCAAUGAUGGUGAUUCCCUCAUUGUUGCUGUCAAACCAAAGGCGCCAGUUGGACUCAAUAUUGAUGAUGAUGAAGAGGAAGAUAUGAAAUUUCAGCUGCCACAGUCAACAAGCCGAUGGAAGAAGAAGCUUUACUCUUUUCUACAUAAUAGAUUGAAGCUUCCUGAUAUCCUUUUGAUGGCAAUAUUUUCUCUCGGUAUUAAGGCAUGGGCUCUUAUUAUUUUAUGGUUUAUACUGGCACCUGUUGCCCAUAAAUGGGAUCUUGGACCAUUAUAUAUACUUGGUACCGGCUUUUGUAUAAUUUUCCUGAAUCUUGGACGGCGGCAGCCUGGUGAUGUCAGUGCAUAUUCCAUCUUCAAUGAAGAUUUUAGAGAGCUUCCUGGGACCCUCAAUGCAGAUGCUAUAGAUAGAGAUAUAAGGACAGAUCUGUUUCUUCAAAGGGUACCCAAGGAUGUGAUGCAACCUUGAAAAAGACAUGGUACUUUCAAAAAAGCAAAUUCUGAAUUUUUGGCCUAACUUUGAAAUAUUGGUGGUAUAUGUCAACUAUGGAUUGUAUAGUUUCCAGGAAUAAUUUGCAGUAUUAUACUGCCAUUGUUUGUGAUGGAGGUUAGCAACUUUAUAACCUUAAACGAUUGAUGAGCCUGUGAAUCCACUUGCUACCCCACCGAAAAUACUACGUGAAUGAUAUUCAUAAGAAUAAGAUACUCAGCAAAUGGUUCAGAAAUAUGCAUAAAAAGAUGGUGCUUUUCCUGGAAAAUUACAAAGGCCUUCUACACCUUUUGUCCUGGAAGUAACUAUUUUUAUUCCUCUGUUGCUAUGUGGCGAACAAGAUAACUUAAAAUAAAGUAAUCCAUCUAAAAUUCAUUGAAAACCUCCUGGGGCUGCUUGGAAAGUUGAUAUUUGUGUAAGGGAUGAUGCAAAGUUGAUAAUG